GCUGUCCUGGGAACGUUCCAAGAUGUGGUCACCGAGGAUCAGCAAUUGGUGAAAAACCUUCUGAAUCAGCGUGAACGCGAGGCGGAAGCGUCGGGCCUGUUUUCCAUCACCGAAGAGAAAGCGAAGAUCUCCUUCCUCCAGGACGCGAUCGUUGGCAUUUCUUCUGCGAAGGAAAGAUUAAGUGGGAAAACAAAAACAUUCAAAGACGCUUUCUCCCUGGCCGCCGAAGCGCACAGCCACACGUUUCCCUCGGUCGCCGCCUUGAUGAAUGAGAAUUCGAACCGGCACCGGCGAAGUUUGGAAAUUCUCGCGGAUAAAUUAACGCUUGUCCGGGACGUGAACAAAAAUCUGAAAAACAACGACUGGCUGUCAGUAGCCUUCGUUCGCCGGAAUCGUGUCGAAAAUCCAAAUCGUGGUCCACAGAUGAAGAUGAGCUACGAGGAUGAGAAGGCUUUAUCUACAACAUCAAAACAGAAAGAUUACUACAGCAUCGAGCUCCCCGCGCGGCUGUUCAUGCAGAGUUCGGAACUGGGUGAGAAGGAAAUGAAAGGC